AUGUCUACACCAACCAGACGGAAAAUUAUGCGGGAUAUGAAGAAGCUACUGGAAGAACCGCUUGAGAACAUAAUGGCAGUCCCCAGCAAAGAAAACAUAAUGGAUUGGAGAGCAAUUAUAUUUGGGCCAGAAGACACGCCCUUUGAGGAUGGAGUGUUUGAGCUUAAAAUGACAUUUACAGAGUCAUACCCCCAACAUCCCCCAGAAAUAUCCUUUAUAUCAGAGAUCUUUCACCCUAAUAUAUAUCCAAAUGGUGAACUGUGUUUGGAUAUUCUCAAAAACAAAUGGAACUCUGCAUAUGGAAUAGGACAAGUUCUUCUGUGCAUUCAAUCGCUGCUUAAUGACCCAAAUACAAACUCACCUGCUAAUUCAGUGGCAUCAGAUUUGUAUCUUAAUGAUACGCUUAGCUAUAUUAAGAAGGUCAGGGCUGCUGUUGAGAAAACAUGGGUAGAAAGGCUGAGCACAAACUGA